AAAAUUAAAGUCCUUUCUCGCGACAUUUCAGAGUACACGCGCGAAAGUCCACAGGACAUUCACAAAAUUAAACGAAAUUUUGAUUCCAAAUUGCACCCAUUUGAAAAAGCAGUCGAGUAUACAAGGGCUCUUAAUGCUGUAAAAUUGGAAAGACUAUUUGCAAAACCAUUUGUGGGGGCUUUGAGUGGUCAUGGCGAUGGUGUUUAUUGUAUGGCCAAACAUCCCAAAAAAUUGGCAACUAUUAUUUCAGGGAGUGUUGAUGGAGAACUGAGGAUUUGGGAUUUAGCAGAACGAGAAAGUGUAUGGAAAGUAACUGCACAUAAAAGUUCUGUCAAAGGGAUUUGUUGUAGUGCUUUAAAUAUGGGAUUAUAUUUUUCAUGUGGGACUGAUAAAACUGUAAAAAUAUGGAAUCCUGAUGAAAAUAACGAUGAGCCAGUAAAUACAUAUAUUGGAAAAUCUGCAUUUAGUGCGAUAGAUCAUCAUCGUUCAAAACCAAUAUUUGUAACCUCUGGUUCGCAAAUUGAAGUGUGGGAUGAAAAUAGAUCACGUCCAAUUACAAGCAUGGAUUGGGGAGUUGAUACAAUUAACACUGUAAGAUUAAAUCAAACAGAGACAAAUAUUCUGGCAAGUUGUGGCACAGAUCGAACAAUAAUUCUUUAUGAUCUAAGGACGAACUCUCCAGUAUCAAAAUUAAUAUUGCAAAUGAGAACAAAUGCUAUCGCUUGGAAUCCAAUGGAGGCUUUUAAUUUUACUGCAGCUAAUGAAGAUCAUAAUUGUUAUACUUUUGAUAUGAGAAAAAUGAAAAGUGCAUUAAACAUUCUUAAAGAUCAUGUUUCAGCUGUAUUAGAUGUAGAUUAUUCACCAACAGGUGAAGAAAUAGUUACCGGUUCAUAUGAUAAAACUCUUAGAAUAUUUUCAGCACGUCAAGGUCACAGUCGAGAUAUAUAUCACACAAAACGAAUGCAACGUUUAUUCUGUGUCAAAUUUAGUAUGGACUCGAAAUAUGUUCUUUCAGGAUCUGAUGAUGGAAAUGUUCGACUUUGGAAAGCUAAUGCAUCUGAAAAAAUUGGUCCUAGAGAUUAUAGGGAACGAUCAUAUUUGGAGUAUUCGGAAAAACUUAAAGCACGCUAUAAACAUCUUCCAGAGGUUAAAAGAAUUACAAGACACAGGCAUAUACCAAAACCAAUCAAGAAUGCACAAGAAAAACAUCGGAUCAUGUUACAAUCUCAAAAACGAAAAGAAGAAAAUCUACGAAGACACUCGAAAAAAGGAUCAGUUCCUUAUCAAGCAGAAAGAAAAAAACCAAUUGCUUUGACUGCUUGUGUGAUCACUUGUUGGUAUCAAGCACCUGAAAUAUUAUUAGGUGAAAGGUUUUAUACUAUUGCAAUUGAUGUAUGGGCCAUUGUUAAUAACAGCUUAUUAGUCAAUUACAGAAACUAUGACGCUUUGGCUGUUGAUUUACUUGAUAAAUUACCAGUUCUAGAUCCAGAAAAAAAGCUUAGUGUAUUUGAAGCCCUGAAUCAUGAAUAUUUUCAGACAAAUCCUUUGCCAGCAAAUCCUGAUUAUUUACCAAAAUAUGAAUCCAGUCAUGAAUACAAUUCUCAUAAAGAAAAAGAUAGAAGAAAACAUCAUAUAAGUUAUUGUAAAAAUGAUAACAACUAUAUCAGACAGGUAGGGUGGAAAAAAUGGGCAUAA